AUGGCCUCCAGCAAACGACUCAGCCGUGAGGACUACCACGUCGCGUGGAUAUGUCCCGUCGCGGACGUCGAGCUCCUCCCCGCGCGCUUGAUGCUGGACGAAGAGCACCCCGCUCCGCCUUACGACACUCACUUCGACGACUACACGUACAUCUGUGGGUCCAUAAGUGGUCAUAAGGUGGUAGUUGCAACCUGUACACAGGGAGAAACGGGAAAUGUCAACGCCGGGCGCUUGGCGAGUUCGCUGUUCAAGACUUUUCCUAACAUCCGGAUGGCGGUCCUGGUAGGCAUUGGAGGGGCCAUUCCUCGAUCAGAAGUCUCCGAUGAUCCUCUCGAGAAUAUUCACCUCGGGGACGUUGUGGUAGGAUGGCCUGGCGAUGGCAAGCCGGCUUGCGUCCAUUAUGAUCGGGGCAGAUCGAAGGUCGAUGGGCAUUUCGAACUGGUAGGCACAAUUGGCAACCCGGACCGGAGGCUCACGAACGCACUUGCCGUGCUUGUCUCAGACAUUGAGAUGGGGAGAACCAGUUUCGAUGACCAGCUUGGCAGAUUGCAAGGAUUCGCAAAGAAGAAGAAAUUUGAGCACCCGGGCUUCGAGCAUGACCGACUCUUCAAGGCCACGUACCACCACGUUGGCGACUAUGGAUCGAAGUGCGUGGGGUGUGAUCCGACCGAACUUGUCAAGCGGCCCCAGCGAACCGAAAACGACAAAGACACGCUCAUCUUUCAUCAAGGACGCAUUGCAACUGGUACCGCAGUCAUUCAGGAUGGCGAGCUGCGUGACGAGAUCGGCGCGAGAUGCGGUGGCGCGCUCUGCGUCGAGAUGGAAGCUGCGGGUGUUGAUACAAACAGGCAAUGCCUGGUCAUCCGGGGCAUUUCCGACUAUGCCGACUCGCACAAGAGCGACUUGUGGAGAUCCUAUGCAGCCGGUAGAGCGGCAGCAUUCACGAGAGCUCUGCUGGGCAGAGUGCAGCCGGCAGAGAUGUUGGAGUCGCAAACCGUUCUGGGUGCACGAGUGUCUAGUAUCGUGCAGACUGACUGCAUCCACAGGCCGCUUCUCGCUCCUCAAGACCAAGCAAGUGGGCUUUCGGAACGAUCGAACAAUCCCCAGUAUGCCCGCCCUGACCGGGCGAUGCAAGGUCCGAGUAUUGUCCAAAAAGUCGAAAGCCAUUCUUCCCUGAAAAUGAGCGUCAAGACUUUCCAAAAGUUAGAUGGCAAAGAGGGCAUAGAGGUAGGCGGCAGAGCAGGUCGCCUCCUCAGUACACUCGCAAACGUCUUGAAGUCAGGCGUGAUAAAGCAAAAUCACAUUCCAUCGGUCCACAUCAACGGAAGAGUACAAUCCCUGGAUGGGUUCGACGAUAUCAGUCCGCAGGAACUGAAACGUCUUCGUAACAUCAUCAAGUCUUCCCAAAGUAUUUGCGUAAAUCAAGGCUCUCCAAGAUUCGAAUCAAGCGGACACGGAAGACUUAUACAGAAGCGAAGUAUGAAGGUAGUCAAUAUUCAGGGACACGAGAUACGGAUCACGCUAUUUGAAAGGGACUCUCUCCCAUUCCCUCGCUACCAAAGUUGGCGAGCUACCCGCGAAAAAAAGACAGAAACUAUCGCAAAGAUUCGAAUCACCGAAACGUCUGUGGAAUCAGUAGUUCUAACGGCAUAUCUUCAUUUUCAACACAGCCACAAUAGGCUAGAAGUCUUGAACCCUGUCAUCUCCAUCGGCAAGACCCUCCCAUUGGAUUCUCCCGUUUUUGAUAUUGUUAGGGAAGGAGACGUCGAUUCGCUAAAGCGGCUUCUAGAGGAGCGUCAAUGCAGUUUGAGAGAUAGGGACAUAUAUGGAACCCCAUUGCUCUUUUACGCCAUGUACCAACCCGAAAUGUGCAAAUUCCUCCUCGAGAACGGCGCGGAUUUUGACGAAAGAGCCGCAGACUGUAUAGUUCCAGAAUUCGAGUUUAUACCACUGACUCUUCACGUAAUCGAUUGCAUUUGCGAUGAGGAAAAAGAUGAAAUACAAAACGCUAGAGAAUUCAGACGUCUAUUACUAGAAGCUGGCGCAGAUCCAACUUUGAUGAAUGGUACAGGAUACACUUUGGUACAUUUGGUCAUGGAAGAGAGUAUCCUGGACUCGCUCAGGGAGGUCCUGGAUAUAGGUAAACCCUUCAUCGAUCUCAAUGAAAGGGACUUAAACGGAAAUACACCUUUGUUACUGCAUUGUAAUGAGGGCAAAGGCCAUUCUUACGCUGACAUCUUCACAGAGUUGCUUGAUAGAGGAGCAGACAUACAUGGCCGGGACCUUUCAGGGAGAACCUGUCUUCACCUUGCAACACGCACAGCUGGGUUUUUUGGCGUACGGGAUAUCCGUGACGAUGCGCGUGCUCUUAUAUUGCUCAUCGAACGAGGCUCAAAUAUCUUUACUUGGGAUUACAAUGGCCGCUCUAUAUUCGAUGAUGCGUAUGAGUGCAACCAUGAGGACCGGCCCCCUUUGGGUAGCUUGAGAGGCGAUCUUUGGGACCACGUGCUUAUCCGAUCAGGACAUAGAGAGCACAUGAGGCCUCCGGAAGAGAGAAUAUACCACUAUACUAGGCGCUAUACUGAGGAACAUUCCAGGUUGCUAUGGGAAGGGUGGGAGCAUCUUCUACCGUACUCCGACGAAACUUCGACUUCGUGCCCCGUUCUGACGAGAUGGGAUGAGGAUGAUGACUCAAGACGCAGAGAACGACGACUAUGA